AGAAGCGUAGUGAUUUUGACCAGUUCUAACCUCUGUUGCUUUGAAUCUGUAGGUGAGAUUUGUGGAUUUAAAAUUCAUGGGCAAAAUGUCCCCUUUGAAGCAGUGGUAGUGGAUAAAUCCACUGGUGAGGGAAUAAUACGCUCCAAAGAAAAACUCGACUGUGAACUACAGAAGGACUACACGUUCACCAUACAGGCCUAUGACUGUGGGAAGGGACCAGAUGGAGCAAAUGCAAAAAAAUCCCACAAAGCCACAGUACACAUUCAGGUGAAUGAUGUUAAUGAGUAUUCUCCCGUGUUCAAAGAGAAAUCGUACAAAGCAACGGUUAUUGAAGGGAAGAGGUAUGAUAACAUUCUGAAAGUGGAAGCAGUGGAUGCAGAUUGUUCACCUCAGUUCAGCCAGAUCUGCAACUAUGAAAUUGUAACUCCGGAUGUUCCUUUUGCUAUUGACAAGGAUGGUUAUAUCAAAAACACAGAAAAGUUGAGCUAUGGCAAAGAGCAUCAGUAUAAACUGACAGUAACUGCGUAUGACUGUGGGAAGAAGAGAGCUGCUGAGGAUGUAUUGGUUAAAAUUAGCAUUAAGCCUACGUGCAAGCCUGGCUGGCAAGGUUGGAGCAAAAGAAUAGAAUAUGAACCCGGUACUGGUUCUUUAGCACUCUUCCCAAGUAUGCGUUUGGAGACAUGUGAUGAGCCAAUAACCUCAGUUCAGGCAACAGUUGAACUAGAAACCAAUCAUAUUGGGAAAGGCUGCGAUAGAGACACCUAUUCUGAGAAAUCCAUUCACAGACUCUGUGGUGCUGCUUCUGGCACAGCUGAACUGCUUCCUUCUCCAAGUAGUGCUGCGAACUGGACGAUAGGACUUCCUACUGAUAAUGGUCACGACAGUGACCAAGUCUUUGAGUUCAAUGGCACACAGGCUGUGAAGAUUCCAGAUGGUGUUGUCACAGUCAAUCUGAAAGAACCCUUCAUGAUUUCAGUGUGGAUGAGGCAUGGGCCUGGAACCAAAGAGAAGGAGACAAUUCUUUGCAAUUCAGACAAGACAGAUAUGAAUCGACACCACUACACGCUGUACCUGCACAACUGCCGCCUUGUUUUCCUCUUCCGACAAGAUCCUUCAGAGGGAAAGACAUACAAGCCUGCAGAAUUCCACUGGAAGCUAAAUCAAGUUUGUGACAAAGAAUGGCACCAUUACGUCCUCAAUGUUGAAUUUCCUGCAGUGACACUUUAUGUAGAUGGUGUUUCAUAUGAUCCUUUCCCAGUGACUGAAGAUUAUCCGCUUCAUCCUUCAAAAAUAGAAACUCAGCUAGUAGUUGGGGCCUGCUGGCAAGGUAACUGUUUACAAUUGUUAAUACACUUAAUUAGGUCUUUUUUUUUUAUAAUGAGAUCUUUGUGGUUAGCCUAGCAAUACAUAGUUAAU